AUGGCCCAAAUAUAUCAGAAUGCGGUAUGCGUCAUCGCCGCUGCUGCAGGGAGAGAUUCGCACUCGGGCUGCUUCUCGGAGAGGGAUCCUCUGAUAUGUGCAAAGUGCAGAAUCGGCGGAAAUGUUUACGUCACAAGUCUGCACCAGGAUGGCGAGGCCGUGGUCUUACACACAAACGAGGAGACGGAGAACUCUCGCCUAGGUCAUCGCGGAUGGGUAUUUCAGGAGCGCCUCCUAGCCCGCAGGACUCUGAUCUUUGGUCGACGGGGCAUAUUCUGGGAGUGUUUCUCGGGCCAAGCCAGCGAGCUAGAUCCCGAAGGCGUAGGAGUCUUGCGGGAUCCUGCAGGCAACAUCACCAGUGUCUUCAAGAUCUUCGGCUCAAACAGUCUGCUAAACACCAGGACUGGACCCACCGAUGAGACGUUUACGGACCAGAUUAGUUUCAGGUUCUUAUUGGAAUCAACAACACCGACGAAUGCUAUACAACUCCAACUAUUCCGUAAACACUGGACACAUAUCGUCUGGAAGUACUCGCUUUGCGAUCUCACAAAAGCAGAAGAUAAACUGAUAGCGCUCUCUGGACUCGCACAACGUGUUCGCGAGCGCACUGGGUUUCAGUAUCUCGCUGGACUCUGGCUGCCCAAUGUCCUUUUCGACCUUAUGUGGUAUACCGCGACUUACUCUGAAGGGACUAGGUCGCCUGAAUACCGAGCACCUACAUGGUCUUGGGCAGUCAUGGAUGGUCCUGUGACGUUCUCGUCCCACGCUUUCUCACAGGACGUAUACACGCCGCUGGUCAGCAGCAUAUCAACGGACAUCGUGUGCCAUCCUUCAGAUCACAACAUGGUAGGACAAGUCUUUCACGCAGUACUCGGAUUGAUAGGACGACUGGGGACGGUGCGUGUAACGUUCCACCCUAUAACUGUCCCUCGCCUGCAGUUGGUUCUGUUCGAGGAACUGGGAGAAACGUUUUCGGCGCUGGAUAUACAUGUGGAGGAAGGUUCUUUCAUCCACUUGUUGCCGCUCAGCUACACGGAUAGCGCGAUUGGUCGUAAUUCGCGGGGGCUUCCACUGCGAGGGUUUUCGGUCCAGUGCUUAGUGCUCAGUCAAAGCGCCGGCAGCGACUGGUUUGAGCGGGUGGGAAUGGCGGAACUUUGGUUCGUUAGCCGUAUGGGCUUCGACACCUGGCUUGACGGUCUGAGUGAAGAGCAGGAGAUUAGCAUAAGGUGA